AUGGAUGAGCUGGACGUGGCCUCUGUGGAGCGGCGGGCAGUAGAAGGCGAGCUGCUUGCUGCAGGUUUCCUGAGCAGCCCUUCCGCAGUCACGCCUGCUGCUGCUGCUGCUGCUGCUGCUGGUGCAGCAGCAGCAGCAGCAGCAGCAGCAGCAGAAGCUUCGCCCCCCGGGGCCCCCCGCAGGGGCCCCCCGCAGCAGCAGCGAGAGGGCCCCCAAGUCAAGUCAAAGCGCAGCAGCGCUUUAGCUGCUGCUCUUUCUUUUUGGAGCAAAGGAGGGACAAGUCCAGCAGCAGCAGGCCCUAGGAAGCAGGUGGAAGGUGCAGCAGCAGCAGCAGCAGCAGCAGCAGCAGCGGCUGCUGCUGCUGCAGCUGCAGCCGCCGCAGCAAACGCUGGGGCCCUCGAGGAACCCCCAGCUCACAACCUGCUGCAGCAGACCCAGCAGCAGCUUUAUGGGCAAUUUGAAGAUAAAGCAGCAGCAGCAGCAGCUGCUGCUGCUGCUGCUGCUGCUGCUGCUGCUGCUGCUGCUGACUUUGCGGAUGAAGAGCAGCAGCUGCAGCAGCAAGACCUCUUCUCCGACCUUUCCACUUCUUACUCCCGCGGCAGCCUGCCCCAACAGCAGCAGCAGCAGCAGCAGCAGCAGCAGCAGCAGCAGCAGCAGCAGCAGCAGCAGCCACUGUGUGAGUCAGUGCUGCAAGCCAUAGCUGCCCAGAAGCUGCAGCUGCUGCCUCUGAGGGAGUGGGAAGAUGAGCAAAGGGCCAGAAGGGAAGAGUUCUUCAAGGCCAUUGCGCGUCGUGGCAAUGCUGUUCAUGGAACCAUUCUUGCUGUUUCCUUCGUCGCUGCUGCUGUUGCUGCUGCUGCAGCUGCGCCUCUUGCUGCUGCUGCAUCUCUUGCUGCUGCUGCAUCUCUUGCUGCUGCUGCAUGCCUUGCUGCUGCUGCAUGCCUUGCUGCUGCUGCUGCUGCUGCUGCAGAAGAGGUGGUGGAGACGGUGGACUGCGCAUUUAGGCAGAGCGAGGGAGACCAUCAGCAGCUCCUCAAGUUCCUCCGACAGCAGCAGCAGCAGCAGCAGCAGCAGCAGCAGCAGCAGCAGCAGCAGCAGCAGCAGCAGCAGUGUGUGCAUGCACCGCAGGGAAGAGCGAAGGCUGACAGAGAGGCCGCGAGGGCUUUGCGGCACUGCAGCAGCAGCCGCUCGAGCGCCUACACUGCAGUGCAGCAGCAGCAGCAGCAGCAGCACAGGGACCGCAGCAGCUGCAGCAACAACGACAGCCAUCUCGCAGCAGCAGAGGAAGCAGCAGCAGCAGCAGCAGCAGCAGCAGAGGAGGAGGACAGGGCCCACCUUUCUCCAAACAGCAGCAGCGGGAAUAGCGGGGCUUCUCCCCGAGAGCAGCUGGAGGCGCCUCACUGGGUGCAGCAGCAGCACCCAGCAGCAAACUGCAGCAGCAGCAGCAGCAGCAGCAGCAGCAGCAAGGGAGACAGGCACUGCAGCAGCAACAGGGACUCAGAGACUCCCCCUUGGCUUUCGAAUGCCUACGACCAACAAAUUCCUAGAGGCAAAAGACGUGCCGAUCCUAGCUGCUUCAGGCCGCCCCACCCACAGCAGCAGCAGCAGCAGCAGCAGCAGCAGCAGCAGCAGCAGCACAUGUUGGGAUGA